AUGGAACGCCGCAUAACUCGCUCCGCAGCUCGGGCUGCUGCUGCUUUGACCUUAGUGGGUGAAAGCAAGCCUUCUCCCACACAAUCACAAGACAUUCCCAAGACGACCAAAAGGAAGCGUCCCAACCACACUGAUACUUCCAUUGGCUCCAAAUCUCUCGAUGCACCCAAAACAGCUGCGAAGGUUCAGGGCAGAUCGCGUGGCUCCAAGCCAGCAAUCAAGCAUGAGAAUCCCUCCUCGUCCACAGCCUUGUUUGAUGAACUCCCUCACAACCUAGGGUCUGUGCCAUCGCCAUUGUCCGCAGCGACAGAGCCUGCUGUUUUAAUUGCUGCAUCUGACAAGGAAGACCAAUCACCGAAAGGAAACCAGGUUGCGGAAUUGGCUGCUGAACUCCAAAGCACCGUGGAUAUAGCUACCACACCUCUGAAGCAAGAAGCAAAGGUCCAGCCAUCCCAAACUGGCCGAAAGUCAAAGAAGAAUACCUACGGCUUGACCCCUGGUGUUUCUCCUUUCCCAGAACUGGACCGGCCAACUCCCGAGGAGUGUGAAGAGGUCAAUCGGCUGCUUUCCAGCAUCCAUGGUGUAGUCACUGCUCCGAAAACUGUCCCUGAGCCCUCAUUGACCGUCACCGGCUGUGGUGAGGUCCCAUCUGUUCUAGAUGCUUUGAUCCGCACACUUCUCAGCGGCGCCACCACAGGCAACAAUUCUGCCAAGGCUUUCAGUGGGCUUGUCAAGCGAUUUGGCAUUUUAUCAGAAGGCGUCGGCAAAGGAAGCGUCAACUGGGAUGCCGUGCGCCAGGCUACCGUGAAAGAUGUGUUUGAGGCGAUCAAGAGUGGGGGUUUGGCCGACAUCAAGAGCAAGAACCUCAAAGCGAUUCUUGACAUAGUCCAUGAGGAUAAUCAGGCGCGUCGAGCCGCAUUGCUGGAUGAUUCUAAGUCUAAAUAUGACACAGCAUCCAACCUGCUGCCUGAAAAGGCUGAAAAGGACAAACAAUAUGAGAUUGCCUGUGCAGACCAAAAUUUCCUUUCCCUCAACCACCUCCACAAUCUCACCGCCGAAGAAGCCAUGACUGAUUUGAUCAAGUAUCCGGGAAUUGGCCCCAAGACAGCUGCCUGCGUCAUCCUGUUCUGCCUCCAGCGGCCCUGUUUCGCCGUCGACACGCAUAUCUUCCGCAUCAGUCGCUGGCUGGGAUGGAUUCCCCCUCGCGCCAAUGAGGUCACUGCCUUCAGCCACCUAGAAGUGCGUAUUCCGGAUCACCUGAAGUACUCGCUCCAUCAGCUUUUCAUUCGUCACGGAAAGAGCUGCCCCAGGUGCCGAGCCGCUACCGGUGCGUCAAGUGCCGGCUGGGAGGAUGGCUGUGUUAUUGACCACCUAUUGGUGCGCGAUGGAAAACGCAAGAAUAAUGCGCCGGUCAUGGCUUCUAAGAAGAAGGCGAAUAGCAAACGCAAGAGAAAGGAGCAGGACUCCGAAGAGGAGACUGAGGAAGAGUCGAUCUCCGACGAAACGAGUGAUGAAUGA